AUGACACUCAGAAAUCUAUUAGUUCUGUUAAGUUAUGUGAGUGUUGUAGCUGCUUAUCCGUGGGGAGCACCAGGGUUUACCUGCACUAGUUUAAGACCUGAUCACGGCUCUUCCUUCCAAACUUCCACUCCCUCUUACAUCAUCUCCGUCUUCCCAAAUGGAUCUACUCUCACAGUAUCAAUCUCAUCGAACAAGAACGAAAACUUCAAAGGAUUCAUAAUUGGAGCCUUCAGCAGCAGCAGCACCCCGAUAGGAGUCUUCACGAGUGUGGAUGCCAACACAAAACAAAUAUGCAGCUACCGUAGUGCAGUCGAAAAUGGUGUACUGGAGUAUCCAGAGUGCUGCAAUGGAUUAUACUCCGGCGGUAACGAUCGCAUCGGCAACAACUUCAACAACGAAACUUGUAACUUCUGUCAUUAUUUUGAUCACAACGCUAGCUUAAUACGCCUACAAAAAACAAAUAACAACCUCCAGAUAAAAGUUAUAAACGGCUCGUUCUCGUGCCCCCACGAAGAUUGCGUGAUAACAUGGGGCACGAGUGCUCAGAGUCAGUACAUGGAUGUGAGCCUGCAAGGAAGGAACAAUGGAGUGACUGACUACAUUGCCAUGGCCUACUCGGUCGAUGACGAAAUGGAUAAGGACAGCGUGAUUGCAUGUUUCAAGAACCCGACAACAGACAAGUUUGAAAUCGUCCUCUCGUACAAUGUUCAGACCAGCUUCAACGUUCCUGUUGAAAUGCUGUUCACGUGGUUCAUCGUUAACGUGACUGGAGAGUAUUCGAACGGAGCGAUCAAGUGCAGGUUCUCGCAGAUGAUAACUGCCUACAAUGAAUCCCUCAGGUCAGAUGAAAUCUUCUACCCCGCAGACCAAAUAUUUCAUCUGCUUUAUGCCACUGGACAAAUGAACAUGAAUAACAAAACGUUGCAAAAACCAGUUUUGAAGUAUUCAUCAAGCGACGCGUACAGCUUCACUAACUUCCAAAUACCACCCGGCCCCGCAAUCCCAACCCCCACAACAGCAGCUACUACCACAGCUAAAAAACAUUCGAGCGAACAGAACCUCCAAUUAAAAGUUAUAAACGGCUCGUUCUCGUGCCCCCACGAAGAUUGCGUGAUAACAUGGGGCACGAGUGUUCAGAGUCAGUACAUGGAUGUGAGCCUGCAAGGAAGGAACAAUGGAGUGACUGACUACAUUGCCAUGGCCUACUCGGUCGAUGACGAAAUGGAUAAGGACAGCGUGAUUGCAUGUUUCAAGAACCCGACAACAGACAAGUUUGAAAUCGCCCUCUCGUACAAUCUGUUCACGUGGUUCAUCGUUAACGUGACUGGAGAGUAUUCGAACGGAGCGAUCAAGUGCAGGUUCUCGCAGAUGAUAACUGCCUACAAUGAAUCCCUCAGGUCAGAUGAAAUCUUCUACCCCGCAGACCAAAUAUUUCAUCUGCUUUAUGCCACUGGACAAAUGAACAUGAAUAAUAAAACGUUGCAAAAACCUGCCUUGAAGUAUUCGUCGAGUGACGCAUACAGCUUCACCAACCUCCAAAUACCACCUGGUCCUGCUCCAGCUCAAACUACCACCACAGCUAAGAACCUCCAGAUAAAAGUUAUAAACGGCUCGUUCUCGUGCCCCCACGAAGAUUGCGUGAUAACAUGGGGCACGAGUGCUCAGAGUCAGUACAUGGAUGUGAGCCUGCAAGGAAGGAACAAUGGAGUGGCUGACUACAUUGCCAUGGCCUACUCGGUCGAUGACGAAAUGGAUAAGGACAGCGUGAUUGCAUGUUUCAAGAACCCGACAACAGGCAAGUUUGAAAUCGUCCUCUCGUACAAUGUUCAGACCAGCUUCAACGUUCCUGUUGAAAUGCUGUUCACGUGGUUCAUCGUUAACGUGACUGGAGAGUAUUCGAACGGAGCGAUCAAGUGCAGGUUCUCGCAGAUGAUAACUGCCUACAAUGAAUCCCUCAGGUCAGAUGAAAUCUUCUACCCCGCAGACCAAAUAUUUCAUCUGCUUUAUGCCACUGGACAAAUGAACAUGAAUAACAAAACGUUGCGAAAACCAGAUUUGAAGUAUUCAUCGAGCGACGUGUACAGUUUCACAAAUUUCCAAAUUCCCCGGGUCACCCUUGUUACUCCCAUGGUACCGGUCCCAACCAAAGCCGCCAUCUCAACUGCAACCCCUGCCAGCACUACAGUCAAGAAAUCAGGCAGUUCUUUCGUAUGUCCAGAAAACAGUUGCUCCUUCACUUGGUCAAAAAGUGCCAGAGCUGGUUACGUAGAUUUCAAAUUGGAGGGUCCUAUAAGCUGUGCAUCAAAUUACAUUGCUAUUGGUUACUCGCUGGAUGAUAAAAUGGGUGACGAUGCGGUCAUAAGUUGUUACAUGAACGGUACCUCGUGCGUCAUUCGACUGUCGUUCAACACUGGCAGAACCAACAACUUCAUGUCACCUCCGUCAGACUCGUUCAUUGUGGACAAAUCCGGUGAGUAUGUGAACGGAAUGUUACGAUGUAGCUACUCGCAAGCCAUGAGGAAUGGGACAUGGAGGAUGAAAAGAGCAGCCGGAAAUUCUGUCUUUUAUCCCGCAGACGGAAAUUACUACUUGCUCUACGCUACGGGCAGCAUUCAGCAAAAUUCAAACGACCAACUGAUGGCUUAUCACGAUUCAAGAUUCGCCUCAACAUCCAUUCUCAACCUCACUGACUUCAACGUGACCAGCGUUGCAUCUGCAAAGAUUUCUAACAGACUCAUCAAAGCUCACGCACUUCAAUUGUUUUCUAGUGCAAUAAGCAGAGAAGAUGCCAUGAGGCGUGAAUGUACAGAAUUAUCUUCCAAAAGUAUUUUAAUGGUGAUAGCCUGGCUGAUGUGUGCCAGUACGGGCAUGUUGCUUCCGAGGUACUUCAAGUCAGCCUGGAAAGAUAGCAAGUUCUUCAAACAAGCUAUCUGGUUUAGGUUGCACCAAGCCAUGAUGUCAUCAGUCUUCAUCCUGACUUCUAUCGCCUUCAUCAUCAUCUUCUGCGAGAGGAUGGGUUAUGCCUCGUCAACACUCGUUGUCGACAGCGCUCACCCACCACUGGGCAUCAUCGUCAUGGUACUCGUUUUUAUAAAUCCCUUUUUGUCAUUCUUUCGGUGCGAACCAACACACGAACUUAGAUGGAUGUUCAACGUUGCCCACCUGAUCGUCGGCAGGUUCGCCAUCAUUGUGGCAGUGAUAAACAUCUUCCUGUCGUUUUACAUGAAGAUGUCGAACAUAAACUUUGGUUGGGUGCAGUGGGUGAUGGUGGCCCUCAUUGUCUACCACACGUGCAUGGAGAUCCUCCUCUUAACGCACGACACCUAUCUUAUCUCGCACGCCCCCACUCGCGAGAAGUCAAAUGUCGGUUACUCUGAGAAAACUGCCGGCACUAACUCUAGCGAACCACGUUGCGAAACAGGCCAGGUUUCUAUCAUAAAGACCACCCUGAUCGUCUGCCAGUGGGUGGGGGUCACAGGGCUGGCCAUCGCCAUCUGUGUGGGCAUCGGUAUCGCCCAAUAA